GCAGGACGAGUGUUGACAGGUAGGGAUGUUGGUGGGAUAUUAUCAACUGUGCCGCACUGUUACAAGUUUGAGGGACUUAAACUGGUCUGCUUAAAGAUUCAAGGAUUAAUUUUAGAAACCUGAGCUGCCGAUUGAUAGCUGGAUGAAAACAUUGCUAACAUGUCGAUGCACUUAUAUCAGAUGAGCAGCAAACUGCUCGGAGACACCGUAAAAGACAACCUGACUUCUGUGGUUCUGGCAGCCUCCCUCAUCACCCUCACACUGGGAUAUGUCUCCAAACUGCUGCUCAAACAGUCGUCUGACCCGAACCUGAACUAUCCUCCUUAUAUUCCGUCCAACAUCCCCUUCCUGGGUCAUGCCAUUGCAUUUGGGAAAAGUCCCAUUGAAUUUCUUGAGCAUGCUUAUGAAAAAUACGGCCCAGUGUUCAGUUUCACCAUGGUGGGGAAAACCUUCACCUACCUUCUGGGCAGCGAAGCAGCCACACUCAUGUUUAACAGCAAGAAUGAAGACCUGAACGCUGAGGAUGUUUACUCCAAACUGACCACUCCAGUGUUUGGCAGAGGAGUGGCCUAUGAUGUCCCCAAUCCUAUCUUCCUGGAGCAAAAGAAGAUGCUGAAGACAGGACUGAACAUUGCACAUUUCAGAGAACAUGUGAGGAUCAUCGAGGCAGAGACCAUUGAGUAUUUUGAGAGAUGGGGAGAGAGCGGAGAGAGGAACCUGUUUGAGGCUUUGGCUGAGCUGAUCAUCCUGACAGCCAGCAGCUGCCUCCACGGGAUGGAGAUCCGCAGCAUGCUGGAUGAGCGGGUGGCCCAGCUCUACGCCGACUUGGACGGCGGCUUCAGCCACGCUGCCUGGCUGCUGCCCGGCUGGCUGCCUCUGCCCAGCUUCAGGAAAAGGGACAAAGCUCACCGAGAGAUUAAGAACAUUUUCUACAAGGUGAUUCAGAAACGUAGGAGAUCUGGAGAGAAAGUGGACGACAUGCUGCAGACGCUGAUUGAUGCCACGUAUAAAGAUGGACGCCCACUGACGGACGAUGAGAUAGCAGGGAUGUUGAUCGGUCUCCUCCUGGCCGGUCAGCACACCUCCUCCACCACCAGCUCCUGGAUGGGCUUCUUCCUGGCCAGAGACCGAACUCUGCAGGAACGCUGCUACGCUGAGCAGAAGGCUGUGUGUGGGGAAGAUCUGCCCCCGCUGGACUUUGAUAUGCUGAAAGAUCUGAGCUUGUUGGAUCGUUGUCUGAAGGAGACCCUUCGUCUGCGUCCGCCCAUCAUGACCAUGAUGAGGAUGGCUCGCACUGUUCAGACCUCAGCAGGUUACACCAUCCCUGUGGGUCACCAGGUCUGUGUAUCUCCGACUGUCAACCACCGACUGCACGACACCUGGGUGGAGAGGAUGGAGUUCAACCCUGAUCGCUAUCUGAAUGACAACCCAUCUGCAGGAGAGAAAUUCGCCUACAUACCAUUCGGAGCAGGUCGUCAUCGCUGCAUUGGAGAGAACUUUGCCUACGUCCAGAUCAAGACCAUCUGGUCCACAAUACUGCGUUUGUAUGACUUCGAUCUGGUGGACGGAUAUUUCCCCACCAUCAACUACACCACCAUGAUCCACACACCACACAACCCCAUCAUCAGAUACAAGAGGAGGAAACAGUGAGGGACAGUAGAGAGAAGAAGUGAAGGUGGAUGUUCAUCUACCUGGGAUUUAAACACUCACUCACUGCUGCUCCGUGUAAAAAUAAAAAACAAAACUUCACUUUCUAACACAAAUUUCUAUAAUUAGAUCUGGAUGAGCCUCCUCUACACCAACCUGUGUUUUCAGGUAAAACACAGCAGCUGUUUGACUCUGACAUGAACUUUUCAUGUUCAUAUUCACGGUGUGAAUUCUUUACAUGAAGCAGGGUCAAUUUAGUUUAAUACUAUGGAAAAUGACAUAUGUGUCAAUAGUUUGUAUAAUAUCAGAAAUUUCUGCCCAUAAAUUAGGCUUCACAUCCACAUCAUCAUCACAUGACUGACAGAAAACACUGUAAAGGAAGUCAUUAGAACGAUGAUGUAAUACAGGGCUAAUCAAUGAUGAAUUCAGAUUUUCACACUAAGAAAUUCAGCAAAAUCAGUCCAACAGCUAAUACAAUUUGGACAGAAACAGGCCACUAUUUGAAUGGGCUGAAGGUUGUACAUAUUGACUUGAACACAUUUGGGUCAUCUUGUGGUAGGUUUGCCGAAAGUUGCACUUUUUGUACAAAAAAACCAUCAAACUGAUCAGCACCUGAAGUGGACCACACGUGUCUGCUGUCCCUCUGAGACAUUUAAAUGUCAACUGAUUAAAUAAUUUCUGCUGAGGUUUAAGUCUAGUGACGUUACUGUGAGAGAGAUAAGUGAGAUUGGGAGGAAAAUGAUAUUUACAACCUGUCAUGUUAAGCCAAGCAUCAGCCUCUCCCCAGGUUCCCUGGUUUGAUCCUGUGACAGUAAAUUAUUAGUUAUUGUGCUUAUCAGAAAUGUUUGAUUCGUUGUGUUGGUUUUUAUAACAUCUCCACCUUGUGUUUAAAGUUUUUCCAGGCAAAGAAAAUGCAGAUAUUGUUCCAAGAACCUGUAUUAUACCAGAAAAUUAAAGAAAUUAAUUUUUAAAUA